GGGCAGGAACUACACAAGCCGAAUUCUUUCUUUCUUUUCUUUGCAAGACAACUUGCCUCGUUGUUUCGUUACAUUCAAUUCAACGACAAAUCAUUACAGUCCUAUCUUAAUUCAAUACCUAUAUUCAUACAACAAAGAUGGCAUCCUUGACCAAAACCUUGACCGAGUCGGAUGUAAAUUCCAUUCUCUCGCUCAUAUCACCGCUUUCGUCUUUGUUUACUUCACCAUCUCCGGGACAAUCUCUUAUGCCUGAAAACCAAAACACUUUUCUCAAAUUUUCCCUUCUUCCUCAGAAUAUUCGCUCCAUGAUCUGGGGUCAAGCUUUCCUCGAAACCCAAUCCCCUCGCCUGAUCGAAGUUCGUGCCGAAAUCGUAGAAAACCUGCACUGGAAUGUAGACUGCGAAAAAACGAUCUUCCCUGAGCCAACAGGAUCCUCUGUUUUGAGAUGGACAGAGGUUAAUCCGCGAGGUCAAUGUGCGAUCGAAAGGGUAUCCCAUGAAAGCAGAGCUGCUGUGGAAGGUAUGUGGGAUUACUGUCUUAACGAUAAACACCCGGAGGAUCUUGACUUCAUUGAAGUGUAUGAGGGAGACGAUGGGAUGGUCGAUCCAAUAUACGUGGACAGGAAAGUUGUCGAGGAAAGGCUGGGUGCCGGGUUCAGAAGGGGAAUCAAGUUCUUGAGAGAUCAGGACACAAUAUACUUUAAAACGGACUACGGAACCAUGAGAGCUUUGCAGGAUAUGAGAUCCAGUAUGAUUAGUUUCCAGGGAGUGAGGAAAGUAGCCAUCGAUAUGUUUUGUAUUGGGCAUUAUUUGUUGAACAAACAAUUCUUUGAUGGCUGGUAUGAGGAGGAUGAUUGUGUCGAAAUAGAACAUGUGAAGGAGAAACCAUUGCUGGCCGGAAUAGAGGAGCUGACGGUAAUUGCGGAAAAUACUCCACGACAAAGCAAAUCGUUUUUGGAGAGCAAGAGCAUUUUGUCUCAGUUUGAGGAACAACAACCAACAGUUACUAUGGCUGAUUUUACGAACACAGAUGAGACAUUGACAAAAGAAACGGCCUUGGUCGUAGCGCAGUUGGCGAAAUAUGAGAUGAUGAGGAACGGAGAUGUAAAGGUUGACUUGGUUAAGAAAUACCGUUUGCCAGCCGUCAUGGGAGAAUUGAAAAUAAGAGAAAUGGCCUGAUAAAUCGUCGUCCGAGAGAUACGUUGAUAAUGGACGGAAAGAUGGCUCAAAACAUCACAAGAUAAAGUGUUGGCAUGCUAGAGAAAUGGUGUAGCCAGACUUAGCUAUUGUUAUUGUAUCACAGCGUCUCAAUGAAUGAAAAAAGAAAAUGAAUUCAGAAAUUGGUUGCUACUGUUGAAGAAUGGAAAACUUUCAGCAUCGAGUCACAUGUAGCCAUGGGAUUUACUCCCAAGAUGUGUGCACUUCAAUACGAUAACA